UGAGGAGACCUCGGCGGCGGCGGAGGAGGAGAGAAGCGCAGCGCCGCGCCGCGCCGGGGCCCAUGUGGGGAGGAGUCGGAGUCGCUGUUGCCGCCGCCGCCGCCGCCAGUAGCUGCUGGACCCGAGUGGGAGUGAGGGCGAAACGGCAGGAUGAAGUUCGCCGAGCACCUCUCCGCGCACAUCACUCCCGAGUGGAGGAAGCAAUACAUCCAGUAUGAGGCUUUCAAAGAUAUGCUGUAUUCAGCUCAGGACCAGGCACCUUCUGUGGAAGUUACAGAUGAGGACACAGUAAAGAGGUAUUUUGCCAAGUUUGAAGAAAAAUUUUUCCAAACCUGUGAAAAGGAACUUGCCAAAAUCAACACAUUUUAUUCAGAGAAGCUUGCAGAGGCUCAGCGCAGGUUUGCUACACUUCAAAAUGAGCUUCAGUCGUCACUGGAUGCGCAGAAAGAAACCACUGGUGUUACCACACUGCGACAACGCAGAAAGCCAGUCUUCCACCUGUCCCAUGAGGAACGGGUCCAACACAGGAACAUUAAAGACCUUAAACUGGCCUUCAGCGAGUUCUACCUCAGUCUUAUCCUGCUGCAGAACUAUCAGAAUCUGAAUUUUACAGGGUUUCGAAAAAUUCUUAAAAAGCAUGACAAGAUACUGGAAACAUCUCGUGGAGCAGAUUGGCGAGUGGCUCAUGUAGAAGUGGCCCCAUUUUAUACAUGCAAGAAAAUCAACCAGCUCAUCUCUGAAACUGAGGCUGUAGUGACCAAUGAACUUGAAGAUGGUGACAGACAAAAGGCUAUGAAACGAUUACGUGUCCCUCCUUUGGGAGCUGCUCAGCCUGCACCAGCAUGGACUACUUUUAGAGUUGGCCUCUUUUGUGGAAUAUUCAUUGUAUUGAAUGUUACCCUUGUGCUUGCCGCUGUAUUUAAACUUGAAACAGAUAGAAGUGUGUGGCCCCUGAUAAGAAUAUAUCGGGGUGGCUUUCUUCUGAUCGAAUUCCUUUUUCUACUGGGCAUCAACACAUAUGGUUGGCGACAGGCUGGAGUAAAUCAUGUGCUCAUCUUUGAACUUAAUCCAAGAAGCAAUUUGUCCCAUCAGCAUCUCUUUGAGAUUGCUGGAUUCCUUGGAAUACUGUGGUGCCUGAGCCUUCUGGCAUGCUUCUUUGCUCCAAUUAGUGUCAUCCCCACAUAUGUAUAUCCACUUGCCCUUUAUGGAUUUAUGAUUUUCUUUCUUAUCAACCCCACCAAAACUUUCUAUUAUAAAUCCCGGUUUUGGCUGCUUAAACUGCUGUUUCGAGUAUUUACAGCCCCCUUCCAUAAGGUAGGCUUUGCUGAUUUCUGGCUGGCCGAUCAGCUGAAUAGCCUGUCAGUGAUACUGAUGGACCUGGAAUAUAUGAUUUGCUUCUACAGUUUUGAGCUCAAAUGGGAUGAAAGUGGAGGCCUGUUGCCAGAUGAAUCAGAAGAACCAGAAAUUUGCCACAAAUACUCAUAUGGUGUGCGAGCCGUUGUUCAGUGCAUUCCUGCUUGGCUUCGCUUCAUCCAGUGCCUGCGCAGAUACCGAGACACAAAAAGGGCCUUUCCUCAUUUAGUGAAUGCUGGCAAAUACUCCACAACUUUCUUCACGGUGACGUUUGCAGCCCUUUACAGCACUCACAAAGAACGAGGUCACUCAGACACCAUGGUGUUCUUUUACCUGUGGAUUGUCUUUUGCACCAUCAGUUCCUGCUAUACCCUCAUCUGGGAUCUGAAGAUGGACUGGGGUCUCUUUGAUAAGAAUGCUGGAGAAAAUACCUUCCUCCGGGAAGAGAUUGUUUACCCCCAAAAAGCCUAUUACUACUGUGCCAUCAUUGAGGAUGUGAUACUGCGCUUUGCUUGGACUAUCCAAAUCUCAAUUACCUCCACGACUUUGUUGCCUCAUUCUGGAGACAUCAUUGCUACUGUCUUUGCUCCCCUUGAGGUUUUCCGGCGAUUUGUGUGGAACUUCUUCCGCCUGGAGAAUGAGCAUCUGAAUAACUGUGGUGAAUUCCGUGCUGUGCGGGACAUCUCUGUGGCUCCUCUAAACGCAGAUGACCAGACACUCCUGGAGCAGAUGAUGGACCAGGACGAUGGGGUACGAAACCGCCAAAAGAACCGGCCGUGGAAGUACAGCCAGAGCAUAUCCCUACGCCGGCCUCGCCUCGCUUCACAAUCCAAGGCUCGUGACACUAAAGUACUGAUAGAAGACACAGAUGAUGAAGCUAACACUUGAAUUCUCAGAAGUCUAGAUUACCAUCCUUGGUUUUCCUUCUCUUCAAUUCUUUCCUCGACCAACGCAACCUCUAAUACCUUUCCAACUGAAACAAAAGACAUAACACAUUUUCCGAGCUCUUCCAGAUCGGAUCCUAUGGACUCCAAACAAGCUCACUGUGUUUUUCUUUUCUUUUCUUCUGGUUUAAUUUUAAUUUUCUAUUUUUAAAACAAAUAUUUACUUCAUUUUGCCAAUCAGAGGACAUUUUAAGGAACAAAAACAUAGUAUCCUAUGGAUUGUUUACAAUCACAAGGACACAGAUACCUAUCAGGAUGAAGAACAGGACACAAGGACCCUCUGAUGGGACGGUACCGAGAUCUCUCGGCCCCCGCUUGUCCCGGUUUUGACUGGUUGAAACCGGACAUUGGUUUUUAAAUUUUUUUGUCAGUUUCUGUGGAGAAUUUUUUCCUUUCCUUCAUACCCAGCGCAAAGGCACUGGCCGCACUUGCAGGGAAAGUGCAACUUAGAGCAGUACCUUCAUUCACGAAGCUACUUUUUAAUUUGAUGUAACUUUUCUUAUUUUGGGGAGGGUGCUGGGUGGGUGGGAAAUAUGAUGUAUUUGUUACAUAUAGUUUUCUCAUUAUUUAUGAAACUUAACCAUAAGAGAAUGAUAUAACUCCUGUGCAAUGAAGGUGAUAACAGUGAAAGAAGACAGGGGAAACUAAUAUUGAACGGCACUUAUGAGGGUUCAGUCCCACAAUACCUCUUUGAUGAGACAAUUCACACCAGUUUGGCUUUUUCUUUUUAAUUUUAAACCAAAGUUUCUAUUACUGAUUUUUUUUAGUUGCUGCUGCUCUAGAAUACUAAGCAUGUCUCUCGUAACACACUUUCACACAACCGAUGGAAAUUUAUAUAAAAGGCUCUGAUACUUUUUUUAAGGAACAGAUGUGGAAUACGUUUGCCCAUAUCCAGUCAUAAGAACUGAAGUUAUGCCUUAUUGUGCUUUAGCGUGUAGGGUAAUUGUGGUGAAACCUUCACUAACUGAUUUAGAAGAAAAAGCUAUUUCAGAGUCUCCACACCCUCAUUUUUCUUCUGAGCUCACUCACUUGAGCCACAGUUUGAUCAAAUUAGAAGUCUGUUAUGGAGAAACCAUAUUUUUGAGCGCAUAGAACAAAUUAUCCUUCCUUCUUCCCGAUAUAUUGAUAAAACAGACCUUGGCAGCCAUUUCUCCCAGCAGUUUUAAAGGAUGAGCACUGGAUUUCCUACUCUGCCAUGACAGAAAAUCUGCUUUUCAGUGUUUAAGGUCUAAACUUGGUCAUAUAUAAAAAAUGUAUUAGAAAUUUUGGUCUGUCAUUGUCUGUAUACAAUGACCAUUUCCACUUCUUUGUCUCAUUUUUUUCACUUUGUUCCAGAGUCAUCCAAAUAAGUCGUAGAACCGUAAGGGAUUUUACUUUCUUGAAUAUGGUUGGCAUUAAAUUCAGUGUUUCAUUGUCUAACAAAAUUAAUAUAAAUACCGGGAAAAAAUAAAGUGUGUUUUAGUUGCUCCCCCACCCCAUCCAGAUGAAGGUUCCAAAGCGUCCAUUUCUACCUGUUAGGUUUAUAGCAGUUGUCAUAGUGAGGGCUUCACGUAUACUUUUCUGUUCCUGAUGAUCUGUGCUAUUCAGAGUCAACAUCAGUGGAUUCAUCAAAGUAAAUUACUUCUGUCAUUUUCUACUUGAUUUUAGACAAAGGAAUAAAUAAGGAGAAGGGGCAGCUAUUAUCACUUAGUCUUAAAAACGUAUGGUCACUGCCCUUCAGUGCACCCCUUUUGUCAUUAGCACUUCUCCCAUGUAUCACAAGUCUUUAUUCAACACUGUCAUAAUUCCAGUAGAUUAUAUUCAAGUUAGUGUUAAUACCAAAACUCUAUCAAUUAACUGACAAAUAGUCUAAGGAAAUUUCUUCCAUCUUUGUUCUGACAAUCUUCUAAAAUUUGUUCCUUUUUGGAAUCGAGAGGAUUUUUUGUUUUUCUGAAAAAUCAUCCAAUUUUGUGGCUUUUAUUGCUUUUUUGUGCUUUGCCAAGCAUGUCCUUUUGCCCAAAACUAAAGAGGAAAUGUUUAAUUACUGAGUUUUUGUUGGGGUUUUUUUUUUUUUUUUUUCCUUAGUUUAAAUAAAUUGACUCAUUUAUAAUAAUCAGUGGUACCAAUUUAGUGACCCUUGGUAGAUUAAAGGCUACAUUAUUUAUACUUGAGAUUUUUUUUUCCCCCUGACUAUUCUGGUUUGUACUAUGGGGGAAAUAUCACUGGUCUGUCAAGAAAUAGCAGUAAUUGUUACUGAGUUAUAUAGGUAAGUCCAGUGGACAAGUCAUUUCUUGUACAAAUAAAAUUGGUGGUACUAAUGUGUAUCCAGAGCCAUGUGAACUGUAGACUUCAUUCUCUCUUAGGGAAUUUGUGAAGACACACAAAAUAGAACAGUUGACUUCUGGUAUUUGAACUCCCCAGUAUUUUCACUUCACUGUAUCCUGUGGCCAAUUUGGUUUUCUUCAACUGUUAGAAUUCUAGGCCCUAAACAGUAUUUUUUUUUUUUUUUUAAUGGAAAUACAAGGCUACAGUGUAUCCCUUUUUCUAAUGUGUUUGUCCUAUUGGCAUAAUCUAUUCAAGAAUGAAGAGGCUUAGUAACUUUCAGCCUCCAUGACAGAUGCUGAAAUACGUAUUUAAACACACAGCUUUAUGUUCCUCUUAAAACUAUAAUGACAGAAGUUUUCCACAUCAGGAGAGGUUGGGAAGCAGAGUAUACAUUUAAAUUUUUUCCUUACAGAAGGCAGCGUGCAUUUUUCUCUCUUACGUUUUCUAGACCCUAGCGGUCUGGCAAAUGCUAUGCUCUGCCUAAAGUUUUACUGUGUUACUGCAUCUCUCAAUAGAAAUUAGUCGUUUUAAAGAAGAAGCAGUCAACCAAAGGUAAACUUUAUCCGAUUUUAGGUUUAAAAAUUCUAGUUUUUACUCAAUUUAUGAUACCAGUUAAAAUACUCUCCAAAGGAACAAAAAGGUAGUGUAAAUAAAAAUUCAUUUUUCGUUUUAUGAUGGUAUGGAAAGCAUUGAUAGGUGUAGAGAAAUUAGAAGACAAAAUUGGUUUAUUUUCUAUGUACAAAUGAACACCUAUAUUUAAGGCUGUGUACACUAUUACAAUGGGAGAGUUGAUGAUUUCAUACGGAGAGGCAAUAAAAUGAUCAAAGAUUAAGUCAUCAUUAAUUAGGUUAUAAUGGUCAUUUGUAAGAUUAGGAAGAAGUCAAAAACCCAUGUGCGACUUUCUUUUCCAGCAUCUACCAUUUGACUCUUUAGGAAAGCUGCUUAGCUUCAAAUUCAGAAACAAUGGUGUAAGAGGAGAAGGCCAGUCACCCUAGCAGUAGCCUAUAUGAACCUUUAAAGAAGGAAAAUGGGGCCCAGACCCUAGGAUCCAUGAUUUCCCAAUAUUCUAAACAGUUCUGAGAUUUUAACUGAACUUUUACUAGAGGAAACUUGUUUAUGUAUGGUAUCCUUCCAACAUGGUUUGACAGAGUACAUUGAAGAUAACUAGAGAAAGAAGUUCAUUCAUCUCUUAACAGGUAAACUAAGGCAAGGUAAAAAUAGACAAGGUAACCUACUAUUGGGCCAACAUUUAGUUAAAGAGAAAAUAAUUUUGGAACUAGCAAAGAAGCGCGAGAGGGCUUUGGACCUUGGUAGCGGAAGCAGGGCAGUUAAGAAAGUGUGUGAGCUUGGUGACACGGAGAUGAUGACGCUCCAUCUUUCCUUUCCGUGGCUCUUAUGUUGCUGGUAGAGACCUGCCUUUAUUUUCAUGUCAUUAUUUUAGUCAGAAACUUAGGAUUCUCUGAAGUGAUGGCACUUUAUUUGGUUAGCAGCCCAAAUUUAUAGUUGUUUUAGUAGUUUGCAAGAAACCUGCCUGACUCUCUCAAAAAAUUAAGUACUCCUUACUGUAAUCAUGUUGAAACGAUGGCUUCCUCCAACUAUAAAAUCAUGCUUUUCUCAGAUCUAACAAGAUACCAAUGUCAUCACAGGGAAGGACUAUAUUAACUAGAUGAAGACUAGAAGUUCUUACAGAACUUUUAAGAAAGUUUGGUAAAUUGAAUUUAUCAGUUGAGUUCAUUUUCUUAUUCUGAUGAGGCGAAAAUUUAUUUCUUGUGGCCGUUAGCUGAAGCACAGAGAGUUAAAGUAAGGUUUUCUCAAUCACACACAUAUUUCUGCAUUUCAGACAUCCAUCUUGAUGGUAAAUCUUAAAAGCCCCCAACUUUCUGCAUUGUAUUUUAAGUCAGAGCACAGUGGUAAUAUGGGCUAGAGUUGACUGAUUAUAUUAAAGCAUAAGAAAUUUGGGCUGCUCAGUGUUAUAAGCCAAUCAUUUAGCCAGCAUUAAACCACACAGUACUUACCAAAUAUGAAAGAGUAAAAGCACCUUGUUAGACUUGGGAGAGCUUAAUCUAGGCAAUACAGGAAGUUUGCCUUGAAAUGGAGAGGAGCCUACUGAUUGAUAUGACUCAUAAUACCUUUCUUGUAGAAUUGGAAGAACUCUGAUACUGAGUUGCCCUUUAAAAACAACCUUCCAGGAUGCAUUUGCUCAGUUAUGGUAGAAGAGGCAGUAAGAGGGACAGAUGAGAGUUUCCCCUGGAGUAAAGGAAUCAUACUAAUUUUCAACUGAAGUGUAUUUCCAUGUAGCAAACCUUUGAUUUAUUUUUUAAUUAAAUCAACGCCUUCUUCAGUUAUUUAUGGUGCCAUCAACCUAAGGAGGACAAUCAAAUAACCUGUUGUUUGCUUUGGAUUCAGUAUGUCCGGUAAUUACACGGUCUCAUCUUGUAUACCGUCAAACCAGUUACUUGACUAAACUUCCACCGUAUUACCUUAGUCCGUCCUAUGCUCUUUCCCCUGUACCACCACCAAUCAGAGGGAAGACUGCAGUACUACCAGAAAUAUGUGGACUUCUGAAAGCAACGAUUCUCUCUCAAUAUCCCUUGACCAUUAUCUCUGAAGUCCUUACCUGCACUUCCCAGAUUGUCCUAUAGCAAUACCAGCAUGGUGGGAAUAGGGAGAAAGAUUGUGGGAAAUCCCUAAAGAGUAAUUGAUCGUGACGUUGUUAUUCUUUGAACUGGGAAGUAAAAUUGUGAUCCACUCAGUUGGCAAAGAGAGCAAAACUCUAGCUUUAUCACAUUGUGAAGACUAAUUUCUUGCUAUUUUCCGAAUUAGCACAGAAGCUUGUAUCAAUGAAGAGUAUUUAGAGAGGAAUAGGGUGAAAAAUGUAUUUGUCUUUUCACACCCCCUUCCCCUACUCAUGUUUGCUUCACCCCCUACCACACUGUGUUGGUCAAAUGAUAGUAUUCUAUGAAACCCUGAGCUGUAGUUGUCAAAAGUAACUAUGGAAUGUGAUUGGUCCUCUGUGGGUGCUUCUUUCUCUCUUUUUUCUCCCCUUGCUUUCUUUCUCUCUUACUCUCUCCACUCUGAUAAAUGGAAAAGGUGACGUCAAAGAAUUAAUGCUUGCUUUGGACUCGUUGUAUCUGUGACUAUGCUAUUAGCUGCCUCCUUUUUCCUUCUUAUAUGGGUAGAAUUCUUAUGAAGUAUGGAGCUCCCUUCUUGAUACGUAGGUUAAAUGCACAAUGUGGUACUGUUUUAUAGUUUCUAGAUGGUUGUAUAAAGCAAAAAGUUAAUGUGGUUAUGUGUUUUUAAAAGAAAAUAAGUGAUUGGUUACGAAAUUCUGUCCUUUUUCAUUAUUACAAGCUCUCAGUUUUCCAACAGUUUGCUGACUCCUUUGUCACUGACGAAUGGUGCGUGUGACUGUGUGGUUUUCUCCCUGGGUUUCUUGGAUUCCUGUUUUUCUCCCUGGGUUUCUUGGAUUCCUGUUUUUCUCCCUGGGUUUCUUGGAUUCCUCUUAGGACUAACUUGUAUAUAGGUUUAGGGAAAACAGACUUCAAGGGUAAAAUUUUUUAAAACUACAUUACUAAAAUUAAAAAAUUAUCUUAGGUGAUUUAUUUAGGUAAUAUAUGAGGUGUGACACUAAAGCAGUGGUAUUGAUGCAAUGGGUCAUUAUUUUUUACUCACACAAAGAAUCUCGAAUAUUAGGUAAAAUGAUAUAUAAAGUUACUAUGUUGAAGAGCGGGACACCUAAUACCACUACAUAUCCAUGCCCUGCAUGGGAACAUAGGUUUUCUGCAGAUUUCUGGAUUAAUCAUUACUCCUUAUAUCUAAGAAAAAAUUGUGAAAUUAACUGAUCAUAUACUCAAACUGUGAAAGGAAAAGUAUUUUAUUAACUGAAGCAUCAAAGCCUUUUCAUUUUAUUUUAUUACAAAAGCUCUACUCUUACUAUAUAUCUGUCUAGGCUAAACCAGAAUAUAAUAUGGACUUUCCAGGCCAAAGUCUAGAUAGGCUGUGAAUAUAUCCGAAUAUUACAUACCCCUUUCUACAAUUUGAUAGUACAGUGAAACCUGUGAGAGCUGAACUCGAGAGGACUGCCUCGUUUUUCCAAGUCUCAUAAGUUUUCUGCCUUUGAACAGGGCACAGUCUCACCACUUUUGUAUCACUUGUUUUAGUGGGAAAUAUUUGCAUUUUCCUUCUCUGACAGGUUCCAGCAUUUGCAGGUUUUACUGUAAUAAUACAUACUCAACAUUUGUGUGUCUAUAGUAUGUUCCAACAUAUCGCAUCUCAGUUAUGUGAGUUCACUACGCUUUACUUGAGUCAUCUCAAUGUGUAGACGAAGAGACGCAGACCUAAAGCAGCUUAGUCUACAAACCCAGAUGAUUCUAGGUUACUCUCUCUCUUAUCCAUCUUAGAUAUAUCCAGAAUUCUUGUUUAGUAACAUUAUCUUUAUAUGAAUAAUUUUGACUAGAUCUUUUUCUAAGGUUAUGAAAAUAAUGAUCAAUUUUAUAUUGUAUGAUUCACUUCUGGUUUCCCACCUUUUUCCUUAGGGGAAUUGAAGAGCUUCUUGUAUUUCUUUAAAUUAUUAGGUGUUUACUGAGAUCCUAUUAUGUACUAAGCAUUACUUUAAUACUUAGCUUUAGCUGGAAAUGGUUUCAUUAUCAUUACAGUUUUAUGAGAUAAGAGAAAAAUGAUAAAAUUUCACUAAACUACCUAUGUGAAACUGCCCCCUCCCUGCUGCCAUGGAGUCGAUUCCGACUCAUAGCGAGCCUGUAGGACAGGGAAGAACUGCCCCAUUGGGUUUCCAGGGAGCACCUGGGGGAUUCAAACUGCCGACCUUUUGGUUAACAACUGUAGCUCUCAACCACUAUGCCACCAGAAUUUAUAUGAAACCACUACCAAAAAACCUAGACUGUCCCAUUACUAGGUAUCAGCACCGUGGGGUAAGUGGAAUUUUCAGUCUCACAUUCCUGUCCACCAAAUCCCAGGCAGAUAUUAAAGCCUAUUAUUUGGGUUUCUUUAUCCUUUUAAAAAAAGUGAAAGACAAGAUUUGGUUCUUCAGAAUUUUCUCUUGCCAAAAACUAGCCUCCUAAUCCAUCAUUGACUCACUUCCUUAGGGAUGUCUUAUCUGAAUGGGUUUUUUUUUUUUUUUUAGACCAGUUGGGGCAGCUUCCCACAGAGGAAUCAAAGUGAAAUGGUAUCAUUAAGCAACACAUUUUUUUUUUUUUAAACAUCAGUGUUCAACUGAUGUUUACCUUUAUAAAAUGAUGUUUUUUCCCCUAAUCCUAAUAAAUGUUAUAUAUUACUACACAGCUGAAUGGAAAUGAUGACUGUAUAGUGUUUUGCCUUGCUCUGACUGGGGCAGCCCUGUGGCUUCUUUCCAUAUGUUAAUACAAUAACCAAAGCCAAUGUACGAUUUUUGGGGGUAGAUUUACUAUGCUACUCUUAUACUUCCUUGUGCUAAGUUUCUAGGGUAAGGAGAGAGCCAAGUAAAUCAAGAGAAAUGGGCAGGUAUCAGAAGAGAACCACAGAAAAACAAUACAAACUCCCAAACCCUUUGGCACUUUACUGAUUUUCAAAAUUACCCUAUUAAAUACUGUGUGGUUGAAGUAAACAUAAAUUUGCCUUUUUAUGUUUUCUCAAACACUGUCUUCUGAACAGAUGGGCAAAUAAAUUUUUAAAUUUCAGUUCAGCAGGGUUUCUAUAUCCCCUCUACAAGGAAAUAUCAGAUACUUUAGAAACAUCAGUUCUCCAAAGAUUAUUCCUGUCACCUAUUGGAUUUAGAUAUUCUUUCUGCACUUUCACAGAUAGAAAACUUUUAACCCCUCCCUGGGCAGCCCUAAAGACUUGCUGAUUGGGGUCUUUGAGGACACACCCUGGCUUCCUUCUGUGGAAAUGCCCCAGGCUUGGCAUCCUGAAACUCUAGUAGUAAUACCAUUCAGGGGAGAGGAGACAUUCUUUUACCACGUUUGCUUUGUUGUCACCAGGGGUUGACGCAAAAUCAUAUUAACUAAAAUGUUUUAGAGCCUAGUAGGUAAACCAAACCCCUUGCCAUCGAGUCGAUUCCGACUCACAAUGACCCUAUAGGACAGAGUAAAACCACCCCAUAGAGUUUCCAAGGAGCGCCUGGGGGAUUCAAACUGCUGGUCUUAUGGUUAGCAGCCGUAACACUUAACUAUUAGGCCACCCAAGUUUCCACAUAGUAGAUAGUAGGGGCUUAAAUAUUUGUUAGACUGAGCAGCAACUCUAGGAGGCUGUUGAUGAACUGCUGAGUACAUUUAGGAGGUAAUUGGCUUUUUGAACAAUUGCUACAAAGACUACCUCUUAUGAAUGCAUCCUCACUGGCAAACACCAGCCUCACUUUGAUCCUUGUGUAAAAGCAGGUUGUGUGAGAACGAUUCUGAUGCUGCCCUGGCCUCUGACUCGCUCCAGAGCCCACGUCCCUCAAAGAAAAAAAGGAGGAAAAAAAUUGUUUUCUGCUUGGCAACCAAAACUAGAAAACGGCUUGUGACUUAAUGCUUCUUUCCAAAGCUAACCCUGGUCAGAUUGGGAGUAUAACGACUUUUUAAAAAAUUGAAGAACACCCCCCUCCGCAACGCACAGAGAUUCCUCAGUAAGCUAGGUCCCACUGAUUGCUGAAUUCUGGGAUUUUGUCCUCCGCCCCUCCAAAAGAAGAUAGCUCUUAGGAAAACUUUUAAGCUAAACAGUUGUUAAUAAACAUUUUCACAGAUGUCCUCUCCCUUUGCUGGCCACUCUCCUACCCUCCUCUACCCUUUCCUACCCUCUUCUUCCUCCUAAUUGUUAAAACUUUGACCAUGGUGAAUUGGGAUGGUGUACUGGAGGAAGGCAAGCGCUUGCGAUAUACAGGCAUUUGAGAUAUAAGGAGGAAAUAGCAGUUACAGGGUAAUGAGAUUGAAUGCUGUUGCUAAGUGCCAUUGAUGCCUAGAGAAGGGUAAAGAACAGCUGAGGGCAGGUAUCAAGCAACUAAAAGCCAGAGUGCUGGUUUGAUUCCAUACAAAGCUCUUAUCUCCCACAGUGGGAGGGAAGAGAAAGCCAGGACCAAGCCCAGGACUUUAAAUACCCCACCCCACUGCCAUCAAGUAGAUUCCGACUCGUAGCGACCCUAUAGGACAGAGUAGAACUGCCCAAUGGAGUUUCCAAGGAGCACCUGGCGGAUUUGAACUGCCAACCUCUUGGUUAGCAGCCAUAGCACUUAACCGCUACGCCACCAGGGUUCCCAGGACUUUAGAGUGGCAGAACUUUGCAGACAGUUAAACAUCCAACCAAGGCAGGUCUAUUUUUGCAAGGUCAGGGUCCUAAUGAGAAAAUCUUGUACAUCAGAUGGCAUUAUUUCCUUGGGUCCCCCCUCCCCUUACUAGCACUCUCCAUCUCCAUUCCAUGAUGGAGGACAUUGAAGAGGCCUCUCGUUCAAGCCAACAUGUGCAGACUUAGAAUCCUCCAUGACUCAGCUGAAGACAUGCUGGCCUGCUGAGGGAGGAUAGGGAUUGUUCGGUAAAAGAGCUGCAAGGCAUAGUCAGCAUGUACUGAUAGGAGCUGAAGAUUUCAAGGGUGCUUGAAGAACGAAGCCAGAAUAUAAGGUUGAAUAAACAAAAAAAUCAAAACUGUUGCUGUCAAGUUGAUGCCAACUCAUAGCAACCCUAUAGGACAGAGUAGAACAUCUCCAUAGGGUUUCCAAGGAGCGGCUGGUGAAUUUGAACUGCUAACUUUUUGGUUAGCAGCCAAACGCUUAACUACUGCUCCUCCAGGGCCCCUAAGGUUGAAUAGACAAGCAUUUUUGACUUGGAAUUGCUCCCCCACGAUACAGAAUUUAACUCCUUAGCAAGGACUCCUUGCUCUUAGCAUGGCUCCUAGAAACAUGGAAAAAAUCAUGGCCCAUUUUGUGCAAAGCUGAAAAUCGAGAAUUGCUAGGGAUGAAGGGAUUAAAAGGCUCAGGGAAGUGGGUGUGUUAGAAUGGAUACACUAUAAACAGAAGGUCAAGAGGGCAUACUAUGUACCAAAGUCAUAAGGAAUGAACUGGUGAGAGCAUCGCUAAAAGUAGAGGUGAUUCUUCUAUAGGGUGAUGAUAGGAGAUGCCAUUGUAGAAUUGUGUUAACUGAUCACAAAGGGGAUGCUAGGUCUCUAACAUAGUACAGGCCAGGUGGUAGUGCAUAACCACCCAAAUCCAGGAAAAUGCAAUUUUAGAACACAGUGUUCCUAAAGACAACAUAGAAGGGCAGCCAUUUAACUUGAAUUACUCAGUUUGUACUAGCAGAAAAAAAUUGAAGAUGGAUGACCAGGAGGCUGAGGGCAGUUGCCCCAAUAAAAAGCCCCAGUCUUUUAUCCAACUUCUGAACUUGAGCCAGUUUUCAAACCCAAAACUAUUGACUGAUCAUGUGGCUGGCUCCCUGGGAGGAAAGACACUACAAUAUUUUGCCAACUACACAUGGUAACGACUCCCCUACAUCUUCCCCACAAGGACCUGUGGCUGUUUACUCAGGUAACUGUACGGAAAAGGGACACCCAGACAUUUUGAGGACUCUUGGACGUAGGGUCUGUCUGAAUUGUCAUUGAUGCCCAGAAACCUGAAUCAUCAUCAUGACCUCCAUGUUAAAGAUGAGUCAUACUGGCCCAGACAAUAAAUGUAACCCUGACCAAGGUCUAGUUUACAGUGGUUCGCUGCAUCCAUGGACUCACCCUGUGAUCAAUUCCCCAUUCCUCAGAUAUAUAAUCAGGAUGACCUAUUUGGCAGUUGGCACAAUCCGCACAUUGCAUUCUUUGUCUGCAAGUAAGAGCUUAGGAAAGGCGAAGUGAAAGCCUCUGAAAUUAACCCUUACCCCCUUCUCCCCUCCACCUCAGGUAAAUAAAUCUAAAACCACAUCAUGGGAAGAGAAGCUGGACGUAUAGAGAAUAGUACCACUCUAUCCUGCUCCUCCUCUCCAUCCUUGUUUAAUUGACCAGCCUGGCCCCAGAAGAAACUGAAUGGACUAUGGUCACUGUAGACCUUCACAGGUUCAGUCAAGUAUAGCCACAGUACCAGAUGUGGUAUCUUUGUAACAGAUCAGUACUGCCUCAAGUACCCAGUGUGCAGCCACUGAUUUGGUGAAGGCAUUCUUUUAUUUCAAAUCAGAUCAAAAACACUUCACUUUUCCAUGGAAAUGACAACAGUAUGCAUUUACAGUUUUGCUACAAGGCUAUGGUAAGUCCAAAGAGAUCUGGACCAGCUGGGCAUCCCACAACAUCACAUUGAUUUAUUACAUCAAAGACAUGUAGACUGGGUUGGGUGAGCAAGAGGUGGCUAGCAUGCUAGAGACCUUGGGAAGAUGUGUGCUCCAGAGGGUUGAAGAUAAACCCUGAAAAGACUCAGGGGCCUGCCACUUCUGUAAAGUUUUUAGGUGUCUAGUAACAAUUUUUUUUUAGUAACCUAGGGUGUGCCAGGACAUCUCCAAAGUAAAAGACAAAUGGCGAACCCCAGUGAGAGAAUCACAAUACAAGUACCUCAGGCUCUGGAGCAAGACCAUUCCAUCAGAAAUGAAGAAUUACAUGCCUUUGAAAAACACCCCCAAAACUGGUAGUGAACCCUGAUAGAGAAAGAAUGUCUGACCAUGGUUCUCUACGUAACCUUGUAGCUGGAACUGCCCAUCAUAUGCUGCGACCUAUGAGACCCAACCAGUCUAAAGUGUCCAGCAACAAUCAGUCCAUAAGAUGAAAGUGGUACCUCCAGGAGGGUGCACAAGCAGGAUCAGAGGACAAAAGCAAGCUACAUGAGCAGGUAGCCCAGACCACUGUCAUCAACCACCAGUAGACCAGUGCUCACCCCUCAGGUCACAACUAUGGCUGCAUCCAAAAGAAAAAACCUAUUGCCCUCAAGUGGAUUCCAACUCAUAGCGACAUUAUAGGGCAUUGGAGAUCCCAUAAAAUGAGCUGAAGGAGAAGGAAAAUGCCUGAGCUUGUUUCAUAGAUGGGUCAGCUUCAUAUAUGGGUGUAAACUGAAGUUGGAUGGCAGGUGAAUUGCAGCCCUACUCAAGAGUAGCCUUGAAAGAGAACAGAAGGGGAAAAUCCAAUAGUCAGGGCUUUGAGUAAUGCAGCUGGUCAUCCACUGUGUGGAAAAGAAAAGUGACCCAGGGUUAGAAUAUACAGUGGCAAAUGGCCUGGCCAGUUGAUGAGGAGCUUAAAGGAAAAACAGGAAGAUUGGAGAGAAGGAGUCUGUGGUAGAGGUACAGGUAGUCCCCAGAUUACAAACAAGUUUCAUUCCUAAAUCUGUCUUUAAGUUGAUUUGUACGUAAAUCAGAACAGCUAGGCAUGGUUCAUGUCUAAGUUAGUCAGAUAGUAUAUAGUAUACUAUAUAUAUAUAGACACCCAUACAUUACAUAGACACCCAUACAUUAAAGGAACACUUCCAGAUACACUAAAACAUCUUUAAUAUAAUAAUACAGUAAUGAUAAUGUUUUGAUGUCUCGAAGUAGUGCCCAUUUGUCAUUACAAAAUAUCGUAUGUACCUCAAAUUUUUAAUAUAGUAGAAGUUACAGAGGUUGGUUCAUAAUUACAGGUUGUACAUAAGUCAGACAUUCGUAACCCAGGACUGCCUGUAUGUGGAUGGACUUACGGGAGUAGACAUGAAAUGGGAAAAUCUUUUUUGUAUCACAUGUUAACACCCACAAAAGAGCAUCCACCAUGGACAAAGCACUAAGCAACCAAGUAGACAGAAUGACUCAGCCCAUUGACUUCAGCCUCUCCAGUGUUGGCACAGUGGAAACAUGAUUAAAGUGGCUGUGGUGGUAGAGGUGGAGGCUACGCUUGGGCCCAAUAGCCUGUAAUCUCACUUAUCACAGAUAAUUUGUCUAAUGCUGCUACCAGUGUCCAUUCUGCCAACAUUGACCCCCAAUAUGGCACUAUUCCUCAAGAAAAGAGAGCAACCAGCCAUUUGGUGGCAAGUUGACUACACUGUGCCCUUUCCAUCCUGGAAGACCCAGCAGUUCUUUAUUCUCACAGGUACACUCAUAUGCAGGGCAUGGGUUUGUCUUUUCUGACCAGAGUCUCAACCAGCGUCACUAUCUGAAGAUUAUAGAAUGUUUGAUCCCCUGGCAUGGGAUUCCACAUAAUGGCACCUCAGACCAUGGGAUCCACUGGUUGUAGCACAUAAUGUAUUACCUAGAAGCUUCCAGCCUGGAAGAUCAUUGGAAUGGCAUAGUGAAGGCUUAGCGAAAGCGCCAAAUCAGAGGCUCUGUGAGUGUGGGAUGUCAUCAGUAUAUGCAUUGAAUCAAAGACGUGUAUAUGGUACUGUGCCCCUAGUGGGAAGGACAUAUGGGACCAAGGGGUAGAAGAAAGAAUUGCCCCAGUUACCAUCACACCUAAUCAUCCACUUUUUGCCUUCUGUCCCCUUAACUCUGAGCUCUGCAGUGUUGGAAGUACUGGUCCUAUUGAAUUAUGAGCUAGGGCACUUUCUGCUUCCUGGGUUGAAGGACCAAACCAAAAAAAAAAAAAAAAACCAAACCCAGUG